AUGAAGGCUACCGUGGAAAUUGCCUUGAGCGGCCUCGUCGGCCUGGCCGCAGCCAGCAAUGCCAGCAAUGCCAGCAGUAAAUUCGACUGGGCGACCAUCACCCCGUCAGAGCAUCUCGAGUACCACGACUGCUUCGACGGCUUCCAGUGUGCACGCCUGACAGCCCCCCUGGACUACAGGAACGAGAGCGACCCGCGAACAAUCGCCAUUGCCAUGAUCAAGCUGCCCGCCGCGGUGCCAGACGACGACGCCUCCUUUGCAGGAUCCGUCUUCACCAACCCGGGCGGGCCUGGCGGCUCCGGCGUCGAGUUCCUGCUCCGCAACGGCAGGGGCCUGCGCGACGUGCUGGACAAGCCCGGCCGGCGCCACUACGAGAUGGUCUCGUUUGACCCGCGCGGCAUCGGCAGCAGCACGCCCAUCGCCAAUUGCUUUGCCAACGACAGGCUCGGCCGCGACGGCGCGCUGCUGGAGCAACGGGGUCGCGGAUCGCUCGCCAAGGACGAGGCGCUGCCGUAUGUGCUUGCGCUGCAGAGGGCGAUUGGGCAGCGGUGCGAGGCCGCGGACGAGAGCGGCGUCAAUGGCGGGCAGAUCAUGGGGUUCAUGGGCACGCCGAAUGUUGCGCGCGACUUGGUGCAGAUGGUGGACAAGGUUGCGGAGCUGCGUGCGCGCGAGGCUGGGGAGCGAGAUGAUCGCUUGGAAUUGAAACGAAGAAGCUCGCCAGGGGGUAUCGAUGAUGAUGAUGGCGACGUUCCGCGGCUGCAGUACAUUGGCUACUCGUAUGGCACGGUUCUGGGCAACUACUUUGCGUCCAUGUUUCCCGGCCGUGUUGGGCGUCUGAUGCUGGACGGGGUUGUCAAUGCAGAUGAUUACUCUGGAGGACCCGGCUGGUUGACCAACCUCGUGGACACCGAUAAGCUGGCCGAUCGUUUCUUCAUCGGCUGCCACUUGGCCGGCCCCAAGGACUGCGCUCUCGCCCGCGAAGACGAUGGCGCAGUCAAAGAGCGCUUCUACGCAUGGCUCGAGAAGCUCGACAAGGAGCCAAUCUCCGCAGUCAGUCCCUCCGGCGCCGUCGUCGUCAUCAGCAGCCAGGACAUCCGCGAGCUGCUCGUCCAGGCCCUCUACAAGCCGCGCGACUCGUUCAGGGGCUAUGCGCAGGCCGUCGACGACGCCAUGAGGGGAAACUCAUCCGCCAUUGUCGAGAGGCUCUUCUUCCGCCAGAUUCCCCGACUCAAGGACGCCUGUGACGUUGACGGUGCUCCGGAGGACUUCAUUCGAGAAGCCGGCUCUGGGGUGCUCUGCGCCGAUGGCGACGACAUCUCGGGCCAUGAACUGGCCUGGUGGAAGCACUACGUCCGCCGCCUGGCCGCCACGUCGGCCUUUUACGGCGCCUACUGGGUCAACGUCCGCUUGUCGUGCAAUGCGUGGGACUUCCACUUUAAGCCCAACUGGGUCUUCAAGGGCCCCUUUACCACGCCGCCGGCCGCGUCUUCUUCCGAGAAGCCGCUGCCUGGCCAUCCCGCCGCUCCCCUCCUCUUCGUGUCCAACCGUCUGGAUCCAGUGACACCUCUUGCUGCUGCUCGAGCCAUGGCCGCUCAGCAUCCUGGAGCUGGCCUUCUCAUUGCCGAGGCCCUCGGGCACUGCACCAAGGGGAAUGGCGAUAGUGCUUGCUUGCACAAGCAUAUUGCUGAUUAUUUUGAUACGGGGGUUGUGCCUGAUGGCGAGGCUCGCUGCGAAGCUGACUGCGGUCCCUGGGAUGCCGAGUGUGAUGCUGUUGGAGCCCAGGCUAUGCUACAGGAGAGCGAGGGCUACUAUGGAAAGUACCCGUUGGGUGUGUUUUGA